UCACGAGAUAGCCUACUUACACCACGAGAGGCUGGAUAACCUUCCAGUGUAAAAAAUGAACUAGCGAGCCGAAGAAACCUCAUUACAUUGAAUAUAAUCAGCUUGAUCAGCUCGAGGCAGAGAGAAACUCCGACGAAACUGAUUUUCAAUGUACGACAUCAGUGGAGCAUUGUGACCCGAUGAGUUUCAUUCAAUGAAAGAUGUUUCAUCAUGGUGAUAAAGAAGGCAAGAAAUCUGCGUUUGGACAUCCUGUCUACGGCCAGAUUAUUCUCUCGAUCAUCAUCCUCAUCCUCCUCCCUUUUCUGGUCACCGCCUUCCCGGCUAACACAGUAGUGGGGCAGUUCUGCAAAGAUCCCGGUGUUCCUGAGCACGGAAUCAGAACUCCAAACACCGGUGUGUUCUUCGAAAACUCGGUGGCGAGGUUCUCUUGUGUUGAUGGUUACAGCUUAAAGGGGCCGGCCAAGAUUAUCUGCACGCGCUUCCACAAUGGAUCGGUAGGCUGGAAACCAAGCCUUAAACCAGUGUGCCUUUCAGAAGAUUGUCUUCCUCCAUUCAUCGAGGAUUCCCAUGUCACAAAUAAGACGUACAGGCCUGGCGACAGCCUCAUUAUUAGCUGUCAUGAGGGAUUCCAGAUCCGGUAUCCUGACACGGAAACUAUGGAAUCAGUGUGUCAAGCCGAUGGGACGUGGGAUAAUCAGCCAACUUGUCAAGGCUGUCUACGGCCGCUGAUACCUCCACACAGUUACAUGAACAUCUCGGAAACAGAGUUCUCUGUGCCUGUUGGAACUGUAGUCCACUACCAGUGUUUUCCUGGUUACAAGUUGGAGGGUCCUGAACUUUUGGAAUGCAUGUAUAACCUCAUCUGGUCGGAUACGCCACCCCGGUGCCUUGAUGUUGAGGCAUGUUCCUUACCCCCGAUGAUAGAACAUGGAGAUUACAUGUGCCACCCACAACCAUGUGACCGCUACAUUCACGGGACGGUCGUCGAAUACUACUGUUAUCCUGGCUACUCUCUAGCGAAUGACUACAAGUACAUCACCUGCCAGUACGGGCAAUGGUUCCCAGAAUUGCAGUUCUACUGCAACCAAGAUGAGACGUCCUGGCCUGGUUUUCAAGACUCUCUACUAACCACGUGGAAAGUAGUGGCUUGUACGGCCACAAGUGUGCUGCUAGCCCUGCUCUUGGUGAUCACAGCCAAGAUGUUCCACUUCAAAUGCAAAUCCCAGCAAAGCCCAAGUGAAGAGCAAGAUGAAAGCCGGGAUCCAAACAUCUUGGUUGUAGAUGGUGUUGCUGUGCCACUUCCCUCUUAUGAAGAGGCUGUUAGUGGUGAUUAUUGUCAGCCACCAAGCGAUCUGCCCCCUGCUGGUCUGGGGAGCUCACAGCAUUCAGAAGAACAAAACCCACCUUCAUAUCCCGGGCAUACAGGGAGUCAAAAUAGCGUGCCGUUGGACACUGGUGAGGCCGAGACCUGUGAUAGCAUCUCGGACACAUCAGAAUGUCUUCAAGGCAUACAGCCAUCGUCCUCGCACGCUGGUGGGCUUAAUAACAUGUCUGAGAAAACCAAUGCCUUCACCUCUAUGGAAGAGACCGCUUCCACGAGCCCUAGCAUAGACAUUGCAGACGAAAUUCCUCUCGUGGAGGAUGGUGAAGAGGACUGCUGAUUGUUACUUUUGGCUGGAAAUGAGACACUAGAGAUUGUUUCACUCCACUGAUCAUUAUUUCAGCAUUUAUUUCUGAUUUUGUUGAACCAUAUUGCUGCUCAUAAGGAUGCAAUUUAAUGAAGAGCACACCAGGGAAGGAUAGGCAAUAAAAAAAUAAUAAUCGAAAACUAAAUGAACUCCCAAUUUUUGCUCACGAAGGAACUAUGCAUUAGAUCAUUGCAUAUUAUGUUAAUUUAACUUUCCCAGAACACAAUAUAUACAAUUCAAGAAUUCUAAAUUAUUUUUCUUCUGACUUUCACAAUGCGCUGCAUUCUGGACAGCUAUCAAAUGGUAUGGACUGUAACAAUGAUGAAAAUUUCUUAAAUAAAUGACAAGUUAACUUUACAUCCAAGUGUAUUGUUAUUAAAUUUCAGUGAGAACUUUUCCCGGUUAAUUGUGGGUGAAAGUAGGUACAAGUUAAAGGCAGUUGCACUGCAAACAUUAUGACAAGCUGACAACAAAGUGCAAAGUUGGACUAAAGUAAAAAUCCUGGUCAUACACUCAGGAAAAAAAAAAAGUUGAAUGGGGUUUAGAACCCAAGGGUU